AUGUCUGGCCUCGAGGAAAGUGUCCGCCUCAUUGGCUUUACCUCUAUCCUCGGCAUUUUCUACGCGUUCACGACCAUCAUAGCCGCGUCCAGCUUCUGGGUCUUGGUAUAUGCACGCGGGAUUCGUUCGCGCGUCCGCCUGUCUCUGCUCCUCGCGUGGGUCCUGCUCUCGUGGGCGUGCGCGACCGUGUAUGUCGGCGGCUCGUCGUACUGGGCGCUACAGGCCUAUGUAUACCACCGGCACCCCGGGCCCGGGCCUCAAAUGGGUGCUGACUGCGCACAGUGGUGGAAGGGGAGCGAUGUCGCCUACCUUGUAGGAACGACUUUGUCGGAUGGACUCGUGCUUUGGCGAUUCAAGACCAUAUGGCAUGGCUCACGCUGGCAGCGCUGGCUUCUACCCAUUCCCACUCUUCUCUAUCUAGGCUCUAUUGCCAUUGGGGCCAUAACGGUCGUUCUUGGUACAUUCCCGGGACGCACCAUGACUUGCUCAUCAUCGAACACGUUCCUUGAACGGCUACAUCCAUUCAUGAUUACAACCGCGUUCAACCUUAUCACGACAGCACUCAUGGCAGGCAGACUGUACGCUUUCCGGAGAGAGUUCGAGGCAUCCGUCGGGAAAUCUCUUCACCCACGACAUUACACAUCCAUCGCGUCUAUGCUCGUCGAAUCAUGCGCGCUCUCGACUGCAGGCUCAUUUGCCUGUGCCAUACUCUACACAGUCGACAGCGCUGGUUUUGACGUUGUGUUUCCCGCGCAGUCGCAGCUCCAGGCAAUCGCACAGAUGCUUGUGAUUUUGCGUAUAUCGUUGGGCGUGGCUUGGGAUGCUACCACUAUGUCUAGCUUGUCGGAGGAAAUGUGA